AUGAGUCAAUCUUUCCUUGAUUCAAAUAAUCAAAUAUCAAUAUUAAUUCCUUUCAAUGACCCAGAGACAAAAGGGUGUUAUAGUAUAAUUGACACUGGAGAUGAUAUUAUUUCGUCCUUUAAAAAAUUAAUCAAACAUCCAAUCUCAUCUAUCCUUGACUUUUUAACUUCAGGACUUCUUUGGAGUUUUCUUUAUUUGAUCAUUUCUCUCUUUAUCAAUGCACUGUUUCAAGCAAUAACAGAUGACUACUACAUUCGUUGGUUAUCAAACCACCAAGAAAUUCCAAAGUCAUAUACUCUUCCUGAUAUAGGAAGUGAUCUUCUUCCCUUUAUUGAUAUACCCUAUCUGCCUUCUUAUGUAUUGGUUGGUGUCUUAGUAAUCACUUUCUUAAGAUUCUUCUUCACCCCAUAUCGUACAAUUGUUCUUAAAAGAUUUUGUUUUCUUCAAGGUACAAUAUUUAUUCUUCGUUCCUUGAGUGUAUUUGGAACAUACCUUCCUUCUCCAGUUCCAUGCACAACCUACAACAAACAACCUCUUUUCAUUUAUGCAAUGAAAAUAUUUUCUGGAACUCGUUCAUGCCAUGACCUAAUGUUUUGUCCUCAUACCGCUGCACUAUUCUUUUGUUCAAUGUUUUGGUAUCAUUACAUAGAAAAAGCUCCAUUAAUAAAUUUUAAAUGGUGUUAUAAAGUUAGCCCUUCUGUUAAUGAAUAUGGUUAUCCACUUCGUUUUACAAUAGAAAAGGGUGUUAUUUGUAUUAUCACUGCUAUUGCCUCAUUACUAUUUGUUAUGUGUAAAAGACAUUAUACCUUUGAUAUCUACAUUGCCGCUAUUAUUUCAGUACUUUUGUUUAAAUUAUAUCAUCACUAUAUUCUCCAUAUCAAUACUAGAAUGAAUUGGUUCAAUGCUUUCUUACGAUGGUUCGAAGAUGGAUCUCCAGAUAUUCCUGAACUUGGACUGCAACAAGUAGAUCAUGAUAAUUAG